UAUGUUUUCUAUGCCAAUUUGUACAAAUGGUGUAGUAACAUUAAACACUUUUUAAUCAAUUGUGAUGAAGGGCGAGUCAUUUCAUCACCAAAAAUAAUAGUGCGCGAAAAAGGGCUUGCACGCUUACGAAAAAUCAUUACCGGAUUUGCAAGCCCCCAACGCGUCAACAAAACCAUCAAGAUUGCCCGGCAGCCGAUUUAUUAUAAUUUUAACAAAGUAACUCGAUUUAUUUAAGAUGAAGUACUCUACAUCAAUGAGCACAAUGAAAAAUUCGAACGCCCUGUUCUGUGAACAGGUAGAAACUAUAACUAAUCUUUUUCAAAAUUGGAACGAGUGUGAGCAAACUGUUGUUUUAUAUGCCCUGUUACGAGGGAUUCCUUAUCAGAACUUAAAGUUCUUGCAAAUGUGUAUUGAAAAUAAUCUACAAAAUGUUACGUAUGGAGAAUUCAAAACUCUGGAACAGAACGCUAAUAAUGCUAAUUAUUUAAGAAAUCUUUUGAAUGGCUCUGCUGGAAGUGAUAUGGGUAAUCAGAUGAUUGAUAGUGAAUCAUUAGGUAUUAAGAAUUCGAGUUACAGGAAUAUGCAAAAGCAAAUGGGAAGCGAUAGGCAUAUGAACUUCCUUAUUGAUAAUGCAAUGUAUUCAAAUGACAAAAUGCAAGAUUAUUGUAAGAAUGGAUUUCAAGAUGUGACCUUAGAUUAUUUUAAAGGGGUAAUUUUACCUGAAUUUUUGCAUUGCCUACCUCUUCUUCAAUUGGGCAACGACGAAGCGAAAAAUGUAUAUUUAUCCCUGGUACCUCAAGCCGUAAUUAGGCCCGGUUGUGAAGAUUUAUGCCAACAACUAUUGUCCUAUUUGCUUAUACAUCCCGCUGUGACUGGUGAAGAUCGAAGAUGUUUGACUCAAUAUCUUCAUCAUCUGCAAGAACAUAUAGCCCUAGGAGGUGCUACUCAACCGGAUAUUACAUCGUCUAUCAAAAAUGGUGAUGGUUCUGCUUGGUCUUUGCAUAAUUCUCAGAAAUCUUUGAACACCGAUAAACCUACAACCAAUAUUACAACAUCAUAUCCUUCAUGGUCUAAUUUUAAUCCUGACUAUGAGCAGCUUACAAAAGAGGACUUUGGUAAAACCAUUGGCAAAAACGUUGCUUACACAAAAACAGAUUCCAGUAACAACUUUGAUGAUGAUUCACAAUUGUCUUUUUCUAAAAACGGCACUGAAAUCGAAGAUUCAACCACAGAAAACAUACAAGACUCAUCUGGCAAUAAUGAUUUCUUCACUCAAAACUGUAAAUUGUAUAAUAUAGCCCCAAAAGCAACCGAAUCUCCUGUGAAAACACACAGAUCAAGCAGUUUAACCCCUUCAUCAGACGACGGUAUACUAUUCCAUUCAAAUGAAAAUUUAAGUCUGUUAACUUUAAUGCAGAAACCUAGAAGUUACUCCUUAUCAAGUGAGCAUAACGCUUUAUUAAGUCCUCAUAAUUCUUUGAUCUCAAGCGGAUCAGAAUCUAGGUUAGAUGAUUUUAAGAAUUCGUCGGCUAAGACCACUGCAAGUAAAAAUGCUGGCAUGACUAAUAUAGCUCAGUGGUUAAAAAGUUUAAGGUUGCACAAAUAUAUAUGGUUGUUUUCGAAUACUUCUUAUGAAGAUAUGAUGGCUAUCACCGAAGAAUACCUUGCUAGAUUAGGUGUUACCAAGGGGGCCAGACACAAGUUGUACCUGAGUAUACAGAGAUUAAAGGAACGUUAUUCAACUUUAUGCAAUGUCGAGAGAGAUUUAAUAAGUUCACACGGAUCAACAAUGUUUGCAGCUUUGGAAGAAAUGAGAUCGGUGAUUGUUAGUCCCAUAAAACCACACACUGACGAUGAUAUUGUUAGACAAUUCAUAAAAGUCUUAGAUAUAGUUUCAUCUUUCUUAAACAAUAAUCUAAUGAAUGCCGUUCAUGAUGAGGAAUGUUUGGCUUUAUAUUUUUGGGUCUUGGAUAGGGCUAUUGGCAAUGAAGCUUUUGUUGCACAUGUCGGUUUACUCAAGAAUAUGAAAUACAAUACUAUUAAGAUGAACCAGUACCAGAAUAAACUGCAGUACAAGAAUGUUUAUAAUACUCAUUCGUUCAAUGGACGAGAAAGCCACAGGAGGAAUAGUGAUUUCACAAACAAUGGGAGGAAUUCUAAAACUAGGUGGAACCAAUAUUCAAGACCCAAUCGCCCAGUGCCCCCACCAGCCCACCCCCAGUGGAAUCUAGUAAGCAAUCACAUAGGAAACUUCCAAAAUCCAUACCACAUGACAAAUUUGUACAACAAACCCAACGGUGCAAAACUAUAUCAACACAUCGACAAUAACGAUAAGCAUGCCAAGAGCUCUUCCUAUCCCAAUUUUAAUAUAAAACCAGAAUCUGCUCAAAACUUUGAGCCUCACCGACACUCUCUAACCAGUCUGGUCACUCCUUUGAAUAACGUUACCAACAAACCUCAGCAGACCAUUUCUAAAGUCAAGAAUUUAGAUGAGAAUGUAUUGAAGAGUAAAUCUAGUGUUGUGGAAAUCAAUAAUAGAUUGGAAUCCCUGUGCUUGCAAAUGACUGAGCAGGCUAUCGAGUGAGAUAAUUGACUCGUUUGAAAGAAAUUGACUACAGAAUAAAC